AUGGCAGCCCUGGGGGACAGGCAGGAGCCCCCUCGCAUCCCGCCCCCUGUCAGUCUGGAGCCACCAGGGACGCCUGGAACCCCGCACCGGGAGGCCCCGCUUCCCUUCCACAGCCACCAGCACGAUUCCGAGUCGGAGCCCGAGCAGGCGCCAAGGUCUCCCUGCCCGCCGGACCCUGCGGACGGGGCGGACCAGGGCGCGGCGCUGAGGGCCCCGCUGAGGGGCCUCCCCCGCAGACCCGCGGGUGCGGACAGCUGUGCGCAGGCGCCGGGCCGGGAGCAGCCGCCAGGGCCGGGGUCCUGCUCCCCGAAGAGGGGCGCCGGCCGCAGGACGCUGGCGCCGCAGGGCGCCUUUGGGACGGAGGGCGGCCCCGAGCUGGGGGCCUCGGGCCUCGGCCAGGACUCCGGCCUCGGGGGGCGGCAGGGCCCGCGGAGCGGGAGGCCGCACCGGUGCGAGGCCUGCGGCAAGAGCUUCCGGUACCAGUCGCUGCUGCUGAAGCACCAGCGCAUCCACACGGGCGAGAAGCCCUACGCCUGCCACGAGUGCGGCAAGCGCUUCCGCGGCUGGUCCGGCUUCAUCCAGCACCACCGCCUGCACACGGGCGAGCGGCCCUACGAGUGCGGCCAGUGCGGCCGCGCCUUCAGCCACAGCUCGCACUUCACGCAGCACCUGCGCGUGCACAACGGCGAGAAGCCCUACGAGUGCGCGGAGUGCGGCCAGGCCUUCAGCCAGAGCUCCAACCUGGCGCGGCACCGGCGGCUGCACACGGGCGAGCGGCCCUACGCCUGCGGCCAGUGCGGCAAGGCCUUCGUCUGGAGCUCCGUGCUCAUCGAGCACCAGCGCAUCCACACGGGCGAGAAGCCCUACGAGUGCGGCGCCUGCGGCAAGGCCUUCCGCGGCCGCUCGCACUUCUUCCGGCACCUGCGGACGCACACGGGCGAGCGGCCCUUCGCCUGCGGCGCCUGCGGCAAGGCCUUCGGCCAGAGCUCCCAGCUCCUCCAGCACCAGCGCGUGCACGCGCGCGAGUAG